AUGCCAUUGGUAGGAAACAUGGUGCUGGCGUGGGCUCGUCUGUCGGAUAUGCGGGUUCCAGCAAUACUGGACGCAGGGUCUAUGAUAAGUAUUCUACCUGUGGGACUGCUGGCACGCACCCAAGAAGAAGCGUUCGAUAUGGAGAAGUUAGAUUGUUGCCAGAGGAAUCGAUGGUGCCGGUAUACGACGCAUCAUGCGAUCGUAUGA